UGUUUGAAAGGAGCCCAGAAGUGGGUUGUGCUGCUCUUUUUCUACAUAUGUUUCGUUUCUAUCUUUCAACCACCACAAAUUUCAGGGCCCCGGAAAUUCUUCUUCGGCAAGGGCACGGAAAAGCGGUUGACUGGUGGAGCCUGGGCACCCUAAUGUAUGAUAUGCUAUCUGGCGCCCCUCCGUUUGCCGGUGAAGAUCGAAAACAAACAGUUGAUCUGAUCCUCAGGGGUGAAUAUCGUUUGGAACCUUUCCUCAGUCGUGAAGCAUGCUCUCUCCUCUCGAAGGCAAGUUCAUCACUAUUGGUUGUGGAUGUUUGUCGACGCUUAGGAUCCGGCGCAUCGGACGCAGAGGCGAUCAAAGCCCAUCCCUUUUUCCGGUCAACCAACUGGGAUAAAGUUUUGCGGCGUGAGGUUGAACCCCCCUUCCGUCCAACACUUACCUCAGAUACGGAUGUUUCCCUAUUCGACCCCAAGUUCACGCAAGAAAACCCUGUAGAAAGUCCUGACGAAGGCUUGCCAAUCUCGGCCGUCGUCAACGAUGUUUUUGAAGGCUUCACAUAUGUUGACCCACAAGUACAGCUAGAUAUGAUCCGUGAACCCUGGGUUUCGCACGGUUCCUACGCUCGUUCGCGCCGGCGUUCAGGCAUUUCCUCAAGCGGGUCUCCUGGAUUCGUUGGCCAUACGAUCAUGGCUUCCACUGGUGGCCUUAUACCAGGUGGGAGCAGCCACGGAAUUCCGCACGCUGGAACCCCUCAUCCCGAUCAACUACCCAAUGUUUCUGCGACCGGUCCUGUACAUCCCUCUCACGUGCCUCAGCAACCAUUCGUUUUUGCCGAAGAUUUUGAAGACAUGGAUGUCAGUGGAACGAACGUACCGGUCGUUGAUGAGCCAUAUACAAGUGCACUUUCUCAAACUGACCGUACUUCAAACAUGAAUGUGUUGGCAUCUGUUGCGUUCAACGGAUCGUGUGUAUCUAAUCGUCCCUACGUUAGUGCUGCACCGAUUCGUCCCACUCCCCAACUGAAUGGUGCGGUAUUACCUGUUCAGUGUCCCACUCAACCGAUGCCUCCUAUUCGUACGGCCGCUGGGCAUGCAUCUGCAUUAGCUGCUGCUGCAUUAGCCACUUCAUCGCGCCUGGCCAACGCGCCCGCGCAACCUGCCGUUCCUUUCACUAAUCCUCUAAAUUUACCUGCAGCGCAUCGAAUGUCUAAACGGUCACAUGCAGAAGCCCUUGGAGAAAACAGCAGUAGCCAUGAGCAUAGACCACGUGCUCCAUCAGAUGCUAGCUCAUCUGCGCCGUUUGCCAAAAGACUUUUGUCCGCCUCUUCCGAGCCUAUCACAUUUACACGAGUGCGAUCUCUAGAGGAGCUGGACAAGCGUGCCUUACAAUUACAAAACAAAAAGCUCUGGGAAGUGCUUAUCGAACGACGAGCCAUCAUUUCCGAGCUUCGUGAGCGUAUUGAACAACUGGAAAACCGACAAGCGAAGGACGAUGCCCUUCUUUGUGUCAUAAAUCGAUAUUGGAAUCAAUUGGAUGAAGAUGGUCUGAUACUUCUUCAACGCUUUGAUUCUGAUAUUGAAGAGGAGAUUUCAACAUCCACGGAAUCGUUUCUCAAACAACUGGGAUCAUGGGACGAAGAAGAAGUAUCGGAGAAGUUACAAGAGCGCGUUCAUUUUUCCAAACGCAUCAUUGCUCGUUUGUUGUCCGCAUACGAACGGCUCGUAGCACGUCAAGGUCGUCUGCGAGAAAUGAACCGGUUCGUAAAGGAUUCCCUGUCCAAUUCCUCCGGUACCGCGAUAUCGACUGACCAGUCACGGUCCGAGGUACCUAUCCACUCAUCUUCGCAACCUGAUGAACCGAUACAAUGUUCUGUCGGCGAUAAUCCUGCAACUGGUCUCCACACGUCCGUUGCUCCCCAUCCUCAUGGCUCUACCACCAACUCCACCUCAACUACAGAUCACCUUGGGAGUUUUCGCGAAGAAAUUUCUCAGUUGAAUAGAGAAAACCAACGAUUACAGUCGCUCUGUACAGACCUCCACGCCAAACAUAGGCAAAGUAGCCUUAAGCUACGUGAACUGCAGGACCUGGCCCAGACUCGAUCCGACUCGGCAGCUGAAUGGCAGGCGAAGUAUGAAGAUCUCGACUACAAACUGUCACAAGCAUUGAGUCAAGUCACACGGUUGGACCACCGUUUAUUUGAUGCGCAACAGAUGAACAAGCAACUGGAAUCCGAACUAGCUGUUUUCAAAGGCACUGACGGUGCCGAGGAUUCUGCACCACCUACGGCCCCGGGGAGCACGGUUAAUAAGAAUAAGUACAAUGAUCUGGCUUGUGAGUUGGAGGAACUGCGUGAGUUGUUCAACAAUCGGACAUCCGAGUUAGAACGCAUUCAGGUGAAGCUGGCGGAAAAAGUUGGAGAGAAUGAAGCGCUUCGCAUGCAGCUCCGGGAAACUUCCGAAAGUCAAGUACUGGAGUCGCCUCAGUAUGCUUCACUAAAAGCUCAGUUUAAUAUCCUAUACAACGAAGCUGUGCAACUUCGUGGUCAGCUUGAAGAGUCCAGAUCCACCUUGCAGAGCAUCCGCCACAGCCAUCUGAAGCAUAUUGCUGAAAUGGAAUUAAAUGAAGCCGCCAUCCAAAACCAGAUGCGCUCCGAGAUGUUGCAUAUUGAAACCCAAUACUCUCAGUUGCGUCGCACGCACGAAACCAUGGAAUUGGACUUCAAACAGGCGCUGGCACAUAAUGAACAAGCUGGUCCGAUAAAUAGUGAAAUGCGCAGCCUAAUCGCCACAUUACAGACACAAAACAAACAAUUAAAGGCCGAAGUGGCACGGUAUCGUCGCAAGUGUAAGGAAGCCAGUCAGGAUUUAGACUUGGUUAAAAACGAUCUGAAAUCCACGGAGGACGAACUGUCACAGGUUCGGACUGCUCUCUCUGAGGCUUCAGCCGCUGCACUGGCUGCCGAAGUAAAAACCACGCAUCCAACUCCAGCGGAACUGAAGACAGAACCGAGUUUAAGUAACUCGGCUGCAACACUCACUAAAACGGAGGACGUUAGUUUAAACGAAACUUCUGUCUGUCAAGAAGUCUGUCCAGGGUGUGGUGCGUCAUCUACUCCGGAGCCGUCCGUAGAAUUGAAAUCUGUGAAGACGGAAGCACCUACUACGGAUCUCCAGACUUCGUCUCAGUCGGGCGGAGCUUCAUCAGAAGAGGUCAUUCGAACUCUCAGGGAACAGUUAAAGCGUUCACAAGAAUCUCAGAAAGAAAUGUCCGUUCUUCUCAAUAUGUACAAAGUCAUCCCAAAAGAUCAGCGCGAUAAAGCAGCUCUGCUGCAGUGUGAAGCCAAGCUCCGGUCCGAGUUGAAUGAAACCAAAGCUGAGCUGGAAAAACUUCAGGCAAACUUUUCGGAAUUGCAGCAGCAAAAUAUUCGUCUGACACAGCAACAGCAGCAAUUUCAGCAACAACUACAACUACAACAGAAAUCCCCGUUCUUGAAGGCCUCACCAGCGGAACACACACCGCCGGUUCAAUGUAUCACCGCUGGUGGUGCCAGUGGCAUCAUACUGCCGGAUCGCCUGACAGCCACAAGUUUAUCCCCUUCAACUAGUUCACAGAGGACCAGCAUCAUGGUAUCUCCCGAUGAAAAGGUCUCCUCCGGCCCAUCCUCAACCCGUACUCCCCCGCCAUCUCAGGUGGGCCCUAGUCCAGUGACUGUUCCUGGUAAGUUGCCCUUCUUGCAACAUUCCUUUGCAGAGCUCCAAUUGGAACUUCAGCUCAUCCAAAGGCGUCGCCAGUCUCUCGAAGUCCAGUUGGAUUUAUGCCAGCAUCGUCUGUUGGCAGCGCAACAACAAGAAGAAGUGCUUCUAAAGGAGAUGGAGGUUACCGGUCAAGCGUUUGAGGAUGUUCAAGAACAGAAUGUUCGGCUCGUUCGAACACUUCGAGAAAAAGAUGACGCGAACCUCAAGCUGAUGACUGAACGAUUGAAAACCGCACAACUGGCGCGGCUUUUAAAGGAGGACAAACACUUGUUGGAGGAACAAAUUCGUCUGAUGCACGCAAAGAUCGAGGCGUUAAAUCGCACCGUGUUAAAACACGAAGAUAAGGAACGUCUCCUACUAACCAACCUUGAAACCCUGGAGAAGGAGGCGAAUGCUCGACAACAGGCUCAAGAGGCAUACAAACGCAAAGCCUUUGAAAGCCAGCAGGUUUCGGAAGAUUUACGCGUUACCGUGCAGAAAUACCAAAGUCAAUUGAAGGAGGCCCAGGUUUCGGUGCAAGAAAAGGCUUCCGCUUUUGAACGAGUUUCAUUCCGGCACCAGAGGCUUCAGGAAGAAUUGGUUACUUUGCGACGCAAGUUUGAACGGCUACGAAAAAUCGAGCAGUCUCACAAUGCUGAUGAAGUGCUCUUGGCCGAAAUCCAAGACUACAAAGAACAACUCACUUGUCCAACCUGCAAAACUAACCGAAAAGAUGCUAUCCUCACCAAAUGCUUCCAUGUAUUUUGCCUCAAUUGCUUGAAGGCACGUUAUGAAACUCGCAAUCGCAAAUGUCCAAAGUGUAACGCGACUUUCGGAGCUAACGACUACCACCGCAUCUACCUUUCCUGAUCCCGCCUUCGCCACACUUCACCAAUCAUACUCCAGGCUUCUGCAUAUUCACUUCACUAUACCAACAUUAAUAGUGCCAAUUCCUCCAGCCGCGAAGUUCGCCCCCGGUGGAGAAUCCCACAUUCUCUUCCCUUCGACUCUUGUCGGUGUUGUUCAUUUGUACAUAGGUUGUUUCAAUUCCUUUUAAA